UGGGUAUCAAAACAGGUGUGCAGUUUCCUGACUGCAAAACGUUGACGACUCAAAUAGAAAUUUGUUAUACGCAUCGACGCAGCCUAGGUUCUUUUCAUUGACCACGAUAAUAAGCUGAUAUGAUCCCUCUGCGGAUCCACAACUGCGAUCGUCGGAACAAACUUUGUCACGCUUUGAUCGACGAGAUCAUUCUCCCACUCUCAUCAAGGCCCUCUACACGUUCCAAGAGCAAAUAUUAUGCCCUAGGCAUAUCAAAUUGACUCUCUCAGCUAUCUUCCUAUGCCGAGCGAGUUUCAUACUAUGCCAACAUCCCAUGUACAUUUCCUUGCGAGUCUAGUAGUAUUGCUUGAUAGAUUCUCAUGCUUGGUUAAAGAGGGUAGCUGUGCUGGCAGGAUUGCAUCGCCACAACAAAUUGCAGCAGGUUUUGGCUCCUUGUCACCAUCAUGUUCUGACAAAUUGCCACUUGCAUGGCUUCUGCCAACAGUCGAUCGUGACCUGCUGGUUCAGCACUGCAGCAACGGCUGGGCCAUGGCAUUCCGCCCAUUGCAGGAUGUAGUCACAAACGGCAGCUCCAGGGUCGAGUUGCCUCUCUACGCGUCAUCUUCUGAGGAUGAAGACGAUCGUCGAACCUUUGGAACCGAAAUUGGGUGCACGAGUUUGAUGAACAAUUGCACUCAUUCAGACCGUCGAGGCAAACAGUCUCGACCAAAAUCAUCAGAGUUGGUGUGUAUGUGACUUGCACGCAUUCAACUCGAGCAUAUGCUUGAUUUGGUUGAACACAACUCCGUUCUUAGUCGCGAAUGCUUUCCCCUCCUCAGCCUGUGAAGUAUUCAUCACCACCUUGUGGCACCCACGCGUAAUGCAUUUGUCUCAUUGGAGCGCACGGCAUCCUAAUGUACGAGGCCGGGAUGUACAAGGUGUGCUGCAGCAGUAUCACAACCACCAGGAUGAUCUUUACUUCAGGAGCCGAAGCAGCUGAGAGAUCGGAAGAGAUUUGAAUCAUGUACAAUGUCCUUGUGAUACUAUCAGAACAUUGCUUGGUCAUGCAUAAUCCACCUUGUUGAUAAACGCGAAAGCAAGAGCACACCGCACACCUAAUGCCAACACUAUGGCCUCCAUGCUACUGAGCACCGCUAAAAUAGAGCAAGAAUACGAUAGGACAGCGCAAGCAGAUUUUCAUCACGAACUUCUCAAUCAUCAUCAUCAUCAUCAUCAUCAUC